AUGAGCAUCCCAGAUGAUUAUCUCCGAGCCUGUGAGGGAGGUGAUCAUUUGGCUAGAGAGAAAUUGCGUCAUGAUGUCUUGAUUAAACGUCUGGACAUAUGUCUCUCAGCACUGAACUGUGUGGAAUCUGUACAGCCAAUUUGUGUGAUGAUCAUGAAUUUGAAAGGGCAGCUCUCCAAAAUUGGUAUUUAAACAAAACAUCUUUAUAUAAAAUGUGAUUUAUAAUAUAAUACAUAUUAAGUAUAUUGUUAGUAUCCCCCCCUUUAAUAUAUGAUUGCCUAUCAACCAAUCAAACAUCAGGAUUCACAAUAUACAUGUAACAUAGCAAGUUUUUAAUAAUUGAUAAAAGAUUAUGAUAGUUUUGAGUUUUGAAUUCUUAAGUAUCAUGAGCUAUCAUGUGCCCUUUCACCAAGGCUAAUUACAUAUAAGAUGCUUUUAUAUUUAAGGUAUACAGUUUAUUAUUCUUAAAUUUGUCAUAGCUGAGAUGCUUGCACAUCAUGAGGUACUUUCUGCUGAAGCACAGAAUACAUCCUACUCUGCAGCUACUGCAAGCUGUAAAGAAAUUAGAAUCCAUCUUGAGACCAGUGGUCUGCCUCAACACAAGUUAGUUCAAGUUAUUUUAUAUAUUAUAUAUGUUGUGGUUCAAAUUUUUCCUUGGUUUAAAUUUUUUUAAACUAAUUUGAUCUUCAUUUUCCUUUGUUCAAGAUUAUGAUAAUGAAUACAAGAUUAAGAAAAAUCAAAAACUGGUUUGAAAAAUUUAAAAACAAGGAAAAAUUUGAACCACAACAUAUCUAUUGUAAUUGUGAAUUACAAAUUAAAAUUUACUGUUGUGUAUCUGUAUACAGUGCACUGUAAAGGGUGCAAUAUUAAAUUAAUGAUGUUCUUUUUGAUAAUAUCCCAUAGACCUAUUGACAUUCAAACAACUGAUGCUGGCCCCGGGGUUUCUACAAAUGAGAAGAUGAGCCAACUUCGUCUAGCUGAAUGUUUUAUGAUCAAUGGGCUGGACCUCCAAGCUAGGUUUCAUUAUGCACCA